UGAAUCCACACCAAACAGGCCCAAGCCCAACCUAAAACCCAAACCCUAGCUGAUUAAAGAAGCUCUUCCUCGCCUUCUCCAAAAGCUCCCUGUCUGCCGUUCCCUCGUCUCCGGUUCAAGCUCUCCCGCUCUCGUCUGAAACUCCAUCCUUCGGAAUCAUGGCUGCCGCUGCCGUAGCUGCUCCUGCUGUGGUCGAACCAACGCAGCCUCACUAUGACGUGAAGCUGUUCAACCGCUGGAGCUUCGAUGAUGUUCAGGUCAGUGACAUUUCACUGGCGGACUAUGUUGGAGUGGUACCUGCCAGGCAUGCAACUUACGUACCUCACACUGCUGGGAGAUACUCAGUGAAGCGAUUCAGGAAAGCUCAGUGCCCUAUCGUGGAGAGGCUUACAAACUCACUCAUGAUGCACGGAAGAAACAAUGGAAAGAAACUCAUGGCUGUCAGGAUUAUUAGGCAUGCAAUGGAAAUUAUCCAUUUGCUGACUGAUCUGAACCCAGUCCAAGUUAUUGUUGAUGCUGUUGUUAACAGUGGUCCACGUGAAGAUGCAACCCGUAUUGGAUCUGCUGGAGUUGUUAGGCGUCAAGCUGUGGAUAUCUCACCUUUGAGACGUGUGAAUCAGGCUAUCUAUCUCCUCACAACUGGUGCUCGUGAGUCUGCUUUCAGAAACGUCAAAACUAUUGCGGAAUGUUUGGCUGAUGAACUUAUCAACGCUGCCAAAGGUUCCUCUAACAGUUAUGCAAUCAAGAAGAAGGAUGAGAUCGAAAGAGUUGCAAAGGCCAACCGUUAAGGGGAUGCAAGAAACCGUGAUGCAACGGGGAAAUUGGUUUCUGGGUUUUGUUUAGAAGAUGCCGGAUUACUCUUUCUUUUGCCUGUGCCAUUUUUGUUUCGAGUAUUAGAUAUGGUUUGAAUGUUUCCAGAGGACCGGCUUUUAUGUUUAAAUUUGGAAAGAGCAUUUUUCUCUUGUCAAGCAGGGACAUUAACUUAUCAAAUCUUUCUGUGUGCUUGAA